AUGGAGGUCAGCCACUCCGUCAAGGAGCGCACCAUCGCCGAGAACAGCCUGGUCAUCCUGCUGCAGGGCCUGCGCGGCCACGUCACCACCGUGGACCUCCGCGACGAGAGCACGGCCACGGGGCGCGUCACCAACGUGGACGCCUUCAUGAACGUGCGGCUGGCGGAGGUGACCUUCACGGACAGGCAGGGCACGGUGUCCCACCUGGACGAGCUCUUCGUGACCGGCAGGAACGUCCGCUACGUCCACAUCCCGGACGAGGUGGACAUCAGGGCCACCAUCGAGCAGCAGCUGCAGGCCAUCCACAGGGUCCGCUAUUUCGGGGGCCGCGACAAGGGCAGGAAGGAGUUCCCUCGUGCCAAGCACAAGUGA